ACGCUUCCGCUGUCGGUCUACGAGGGUACGUGGACAACACUCUCCCCUCUCGUUGCUAUGCAUCACCAUGAUCUUGCGUGUGCGUAGGAAAUUUUUUGAAAUUACUACGUUCCCCAACACCUCCCAGGUCAAGCCGCGAGUGGUGCAGGGCGAUGCGCACGAUGAGCUCCUCCACAUCGUCCGGCUCCGCGUACGCAACAACAACUCCCGGCCAUCGUCGACACCAGAUCCGCCGCUGGAAGUUGAUCUGCUGCCGUCGUUCGACAUGGCUUGAAAGGGGACUCGAUGGGGAGAGGAAACAAAGAGAAGUGGAGUGGAGCAAGCCAGCAAGGGGUUUGACUGUCGUCUAGGAUUCGUCCAUGUGAGUAUUUAUGCGAGAUCAAGUGGGGCGGUCCGACAUGGCAGAUGCACUCGGGCGUGUCCGAGCCUCCUUAUAUCCAUUCCAAAUGUAGGUUGGGUUUGAAGGGUGCAGGUCCCAAACGUCUGCGGACAUCUGCGGGCGGUUUAAAAAGAACGGCUAAGUCAUGGUUUUAUGAUCGGCACUGACUGGACCGUAUGUUCCGGUGGGGUUGAAAAAGUGUGUCCGUAGAUGGGUAGCGAGGUCGAACGGCCGCCGCUAACUCGUCUUUGCCUUGCUCUUGCGUGUAACAGACGCUCGGUUUCCGUUUAGCAGUGGUGACACCGUAAGCCGGACGUGUUCGUUGGUCGUCUUGGGCACAGAUGCGGAUGCCACUCCUACUAGGAGGCUGUUUGGUUGCUACCCUGUCUGAAUGACGCGCGUCCGUCUUCGAGGCACAACCCAGCCCAUCAAACGCAACCAAACAGCCCCGCCCCCUCCGUAACCUCGACCGCUCGAUCACACCGAGAUCACGCACGUCCCGGCGCCCCAAUACAGAUCGGCGGGAGUGUUCGCGGACUACAUACGUAGCGGCGAUGGACGCAUCGGCGACGACGCAGAAGCGCAAGUGCCCCGACAAGGAGGAGACGGCCGGCAUGUGCGCCAACGGCUGCGGCUUCUUCGGCGCCGCAGCCACCGGCAACAUGUGCUCCAAGUGCUACCUGGACCACGUCACCAUCGGCACCGCUAACACCGUGGCCACCUCGACCGGGCCUCCGGUGAAGAAGGCCAGGAUGAUCGUCGCCGUCCCGUCCUCUGAUGGUGCGGCCGCCUCCUCCACCGCCGCCGCAGUUGACUCCUCCGUGACGUCCGUGAAGCAGCCGGCCGUGGCGGCGAACCGGUGCGCGACGUGCCGCAAGAAGGUGGGGCUGCUGGGGUUCCGAUGCCGCUGCGAGGGCACCUUCUGCAGUGUCCACCGCUACUCGGAGAAGCACGACUGCGGAUUCGACUACAAGACCGCCGGCCAGGAGCAAAUCGCCAAGCACAACCCAGUCGUGGUUGCGGACAAGAUCACCCGAAGGAUCUGAAGCCCACAAGAAACCACCAGAUCAACGGCGAACCGAUCAAGCAGUUGGUUCGUGGCGUCCUCGAGGAUAUAUACGAUCGAUCUUAGGAUUUUCUAGGCCUUUUUGGAUCGGACAUUGCAGAUUGUACUGUGAACAACUGUGCUUGAUUCGUCGAAUUGAUUAAUAAGAGGAUUAAGAUCAUAGGCUGGACUUGUAUGUAUAAACUGAAUAUAAUUACUGUAUUUUGGUACCAAAUGUGACAACAGAGAAAUGUAAAAUGGUCAAUCUAUUCUAUUGCAUGUGUUGGACAGACAACAGUCCAAUUAUUACGUCGGAAUGAAGAUUGGACUUUGCCUUGAUCCCCUCUCCCGAUCUGCUCCCGAUCCGAUUUAGGGCUUCAAGCCGCUGCCGCCGGAGCUCCGCGGGGCAAAGCCCGGGUGGGGGAUGAUGGCAACGGCGGGGCCGUUCUCCACCACGGCUCCAGGAUGCGGUUGCGGUGAAGAUCCGCACGGGUGUACUUGACGUGUGCGUCGUCUGGUGUCGGCGGCAUAGGAUGAGGGCCCAUCCGCCGUCGAUGGCUCAA